AUGGGACAUGAGAGCGCAUCCCCAGAUGGCUUUCUCAGCUUGUCAUCGCAACUUCUGGCCAUGGACUACAAUGCGGAACCUACCGCAGAUGGAGUCAAUCGACGUGGGGUGCAGCCGUCACAGAAUUCCACCUACCUGGCUUCGGACACGAAUUUCCUUCGAGCCGCCGAAAUAAUGACGACGUACGCUUACGGGGAGACGUCGCACGAUGACAAGGAAAUCCAGUGUGAUCUGAUCACUGAAGAUGGCGGUCAUGAAAUCGAUCCAAUGCGACUGAGUUACAAAGAACGCAUAGCUUGGCAUUUGAAAGAGUUCUGCUAUAAGACAUCAAGUCACGGUAUUCCAAUGCUGGGACAAGCACCGAACAUGGCCUACAGAGUCUCCUGGAUUAUUUUGUUGUCUGGAUGUGCUCUCGCUUUCGUGUACCAGGCGAUUGCCGUGGUUGAUAAGUACUACCGAAUGGAUAAAAUCACUGACAUUCAGCUUAAAUUCGAUACAGGUAAUGGGUUGUUUACGGUGAAAACGAUGAGCGUCAAUGAUUGA